AUGGAAUAUACAGACCAAGAUCAAUCCGCCAAUGCGAUAGACCACGAGAUAGAAAAGGCUGACACCUCCAAUCCAAAUAGGAGCCGCUUGAUAGAACGAUUAUCAUCCCCCAUCGCAUUACCAUUUUCCAACAGGAACUUACCAAGCGAUACAAGCGACUUAUCACCAGCCACCGACAACAGCAAUAACCAGAAUACAAGAAGAUACCUAGCGAUCAAUACUGCUAAAAGAGGAGCGGUCCAAGUUCCUAAAAGUAAGAGCAGCAGUCCUCAAACAGCUACCGACAAGCAGCUUAGACACUAA